GCCAGCGUUAAUAAAGAGCGGCCCCGGCUCAGCGGCUGCGGUAACUUGCACCGCAGCUCGAGUUCCCGCCAGGGGUCGGCUGGAGGCGGCCCCUCCGUCCGCUUGCACCGCAGCAUCGCCCCUGCCGGGUGCAGCCUCGCUGCCGCCUCGGGGAGAGGGCUCGGACCCUGGUUCCCUGCUUGUCAGAGACAUGUCUGCUCCGGCUCAGCCACCCGCCGAAGGGGCGGAGGGGGCUGCCCCCGGCGGGGGUCCUCCUGGCCCUCCUCCUAAUCUCACCAGUAACCGCCGACUACAGCAAACCCAGGCGCAGGUGGAAGAGGUGGUGGAUAUCAUGCGCGUCAAUGUCGACAAGGUCCUGGAGAGAGACCAGAAGUUGUCAGAGCUGGAUGAUCGGGCCGACGCCUUGCAGGCGGGAGCAUCACAAUUCGAGAGCAGCGCUGCCAAGCUAAAGAGGAAGUAUUGGUGGAAAAACUGCAAGAUGAUGAUCAUGCUGGGGGCCAUCUGCGCCAUCAUCGUGGUAGUUAUUGUAAUCUACUUUUUUACUUGAGAAUGUGCCCUCGUCCGCCCCUCCCCGUGCCACCCAAACCCCCGUCCCCCCCUUCUCUCUCUCUCUCUGCUGUCACCACCGCCUCCAUCCCAGCCCAGGCUUCUCCAUGGCCCAUCCUUCCGCCUCCCCCCGCCCCCCCUCUUCUGUUGCUCCCAUUUGCCAUGUGUGAUCGCCCUCGACGCCAGAAAUGCUGCUCGUGGCAGAGUUUGAGGUCACUCCCUGGAGGCCAGCCGCGGGGGCCUCCUCCCGCCCUUCGGAGGCCAAGCUGGCAGGGCAGAGUUGAGGCCAGGGGAGGCCAUGGGUCCAAGGAGGCCACGGAUGGUUCUGCCUAGGCAUUUGUCGCUGCAGUUCAGGGAGGGUCCUGGGGUGGGGCCAAGGCCCUGGGGUGCCACACUUUUCUAGAAGGUUUGGCGGAGGGUGGGGGUGAGAGGCCUCAUUUCUUUUUUUUUUUUUUUUCCUUGCUUUUUGGACCACACCCGGCAAUGCAUAGGGAUUCCUCCUGGCUCUGCACUCAGGAAUUCCUCCUGACAGUGCUCGGGGGCCCCUAUGGGAUGCUGGGGAUUGAACUCGGGUCUGCUGCGUGCAAGGCAAACACCCUCCCCGCUGUGCUAUUGCUCCAGCCUGGGGGGUGGGGUGGGGGUAGGGGUGGGGGUCUCAUUUCUAAACUGUGAGCCCGAGAGCUGUCUCUUCAGGGCCCUCAGGGUCUUGCCCUUCGUUCUCCAGAGACCUGUUUCUGAGGUAACGGCGCCUCGCACCCCCACGGCUAGGAAGAGGCGAGGAUGCUCUUCCUCCCGUCCAUGAGGUGAUCCCACAGGCCCAGGCCCAGAAGGGGCUGACCCGUGUCCACCUGUACUUUACUUUACUUUUUUUUUUUUUUUUUGAAGUAAAACAGAUUUUAUUUGGAGGUUUUUGAAGGGGAGGAGGGGGAGAAAGUGGGAGAGAGUAGAGAGAUGCAGUCAAGAGAGAACCCGGGCUUCUCCAAGGGCGGAGAGAGCCCCCCACCCCCCGCGCCCCUACCCCUGCCCCCAGCAUUAGAUAGGAAAGUGCAUAUCUCAAGAGGGGAGAUGCGGGCGACACAUGUGCUCAGCACUAUGCGGCCGCGUCCACCUUUUCUGCCGUUCUGGAUUGUCUGUGAUGUCCCCCCCACCCGCCCAUAGCUCGGCCUGCCCGAACAGGGAAGCUCUGUGUUCCCGUCAGCCUGGAGAGAGUGAGAGUCAGGCAGCCAGAGUCAGGGCGCCCUUCGGAACUGCACGCCUUGAGGGAACUGCACUCCCCGUGUACACCCCGAGGGAACUGCAUCCUCUCCGGGAGGGGCUUGUUGCUUCCUCCCGAGGAAAGAGCACGAGGGGCUUCGAAGGCAGGGGCCCGGGGUCCUCAGAGACGCCUUCCCUCUACCCAGGGCGGGAGCCCCCUUCCUGAGUGUUGGGGGAAGGCGGGUGUCUGCACCGCUGUGCCGUGCUGUGUGUUGCUGUCCUAUUCCCUCUGUGCCCCCUGUUCUCCGCACACCACUUCCCCUUCAGACCCCCACCCCCGCCCAACUCCCCCCUACCCGCCUCCCUCUCUGUCUCCUCUCUUUCCUCGUUUUUGCCCUUGACGGUUGCAACCCAAGGAUGUCGAGGAGCCCGGCCAGUGUGGUGGGCCACGACUGGGGGUCGGGCGAAGGAUGGGGGGGUGGAACGGACCCAGGAGUAGGAGUAGGUGGUGCAGGGGGUGGGGGGAGAGGGCCGCCGAGGCAGCUACCAGACGGCAGCAGCGGGGUCGGGUCUGGAGUGUCUCUUCCCACGUAGCAGCAUUUCACUGCUCAGAGCCCAUCGUCCCCCACCCCGCCCCGCCCCCAGCCUCCCCCCUUCCCUUCGUCCUGCCCCAGGGUGGGCGCCCGAAGAGCCGGAAGGAAUCGGUCAGUGUGUCCACUCUCCUCGGCUCCUCCCUGCCCUAAUGCUGGCGGCGGGGGGGGUAGGGGUCACCGCCGGAGAAGAACUUCCUCUGCCCUCGAUGUGUCCCAGGCCUGGAGCGUGCCCCCCCGCCCCCCCAUACACACACACCCCAGGGGGGGGCACCUAGCCCCGCUCUCUCAGGAACUGACUGCUUCCUGGGUGUUGGUGGGGCGGCCAGGGCGACGGGGGACCCAGCUAGACUUUUCUUGCUCACCCUACGCCCUGUUCCAUGUGUGGACCCCACGCGCAUGAGCAAAUAUGCAAGUAAUCCCCCCCCACCCCGGGACUGCGCAGGCGGCACAUGAAGCCGAGCUUCCCCCAUCCCCCCACCCCCUUGCCCCCCAUUUCUUCGGUUCCCGUGAGAUGAUGUGGGGUUUCCACUGCGGGUCUCUCAUGCCUCCUGGUCUUUUUUCCCUCCCCCUCCCCUCCGCCACCUGUCCUAUCUAUCUCUCACGAGGAUAGGACAGAACACUUGUACCUCCACCACCAAAGGCAUGUGGCAUAUGUACCAAUCUCAUGCAUUCUGAACGAAGGCCAAAAAAGAAAAAAAAAGAAAAAAAUUACAGACUCCUGCCACUCAA